UCAGUACAGAAUAUGGGGUGUUCCGUUUUCAAAAAAUAGAGAAUGAAAUUUAAUGUUCUUGAAUGCUUCAGCUACGCAAAACAAAUUUCCUAGGCUUAGCAAUCCUCUUCCUCUGCCUCCCUUCGAGUUUCUAAAACUUUAGAAACGUGGGAGGCGUAAGAUGGUGGUUCUGGUGGCUUUUUGUUGGAGGAACAAGGAGAACUGGAGCUUGGUGGGCAGGAAAAGGGAAGUCUUGACGCAGUUGCAAGCGCGUGCUAUACUAUCUCAGCAGCAACAGCCCUCCGACAUUAAAACCAGUCAGCUAAAUUGUUAGUGAUAAUUCUUUAUUGGAGUGCAGCAUUUGUUCCUAUUCUGUUAAAGAAGCUGUCUGUAAGCAACUCGUAUGUUACUGGUCUUUGGACUCUCUUAUUUUUAAAACGCUAUUUUGGUGUUUUAGAUACUAAACCACUGCUGAAGUUGAUAAGUUAGCAGCAUGCUAGCUUUCACUUUGAGCUUCCUUAAUUCCAUUUAGAGAUUUAAUCUGUUAAAAACAUCCUGAAAUAAGCCCCUUUUUUUGAUUUUUGUCUUUCAGCACUACUUUUUUAAAAGAAUUUCAAUGGUUGUUGCAGAGAGAAAAUUGAGGUGCACUUGGCUGCAGGAUGUUCAUAUUGAUUUGCUUUAAAUAGCUUGAUUUCUGUAGGUAAUUAGAGUAAGAGGCCUUGUUUUUCACAGUAGGAAUAGUAAGUUAUUUGCCAAAUUAGUUACCUUGUUCCAUUACUUAUGUAGAUGGUUUGAAAAAUACAAGAGAUUUUGAAGGGGUUCAGAGAGCAACGUGGAUCUAGAAUGACAAAAUACAAAGAAAAAAAAAAUCUGCAGGCUUUAGAGUAAAUAGGAUGUCCUCUACCUGAAUAAAAAUGUUUGUUUGUUUGUUUUCAGAUAAUUGGAGUCAUGAAUGCACGGUAUAACUAUAUGAAAAGGCAGGUGACCUGAAACUACUUAGAGUUUGGGGAGCCUAUGAGCAGCUGAACCAAGAGCAAGGAAGAAAGGUUAAGCACGUUUAGCCUGAGGAACUGCUAUCAAACGUUCAAGGGUAGUGAGGGUACAGAGAAUGUAGGUUAGGGAGGAUAACCGAUCUACCUUCUCCUGCCUACUGGAAUAUCUUCUCUGAUACAAGGAGAGGAUUGUUUUUAGUGUACUGAAAUUUGAGUAAAACUGACGAGGCAAAUUAAGCUUGCCUACAAGCAGACUUGUUCAGAGCUGUAUCCAGUGAAAUUACCUUCUCAAAGUUGCUGUUUGUUGUUAUCCUUGUGCUCUAAGCUUCUGUUAAUGCAGCUGGGAGGAAAAAAAAUAUAUGCUCCAAUAUUUGGGUUGUUUUCAGGAUGAGCGUUAGGAAGACAAAGACUGUUUCUAAAGGUUUACCUACUCUUAAGUGAUACAAUCAUACAAGCGGUUUUUGCUGAACCUCACCACUGCUCUCGAGAGUAGACAAAUCUGAUGGUGUCUGUCAAUCAUGCAUAUUACUAGCAGCUUCAGAACAGCUGUUUAUCUUAACGAAGGUUACAACCCAGCCUUGUAACUAUGUUUGAUUUCUUGGGGGCUAGUGUUAAGCGAGUCUCCUGCUUUUGGACUAACACAGCUGGUAAAGAGAGCAUCCCUGCUGCUGUUUUGUCCAUGAUAAUAGCUAGCAAGCUUAGUAAACCUCUUAUAUGGGAGAAAACAUCUAUUUUUGGCCGUUUUGGUAAAACAUCCUCUACCACUGUCUACAUUUCUUCCUUAAACAGCUCAGUGGGAUUCCGUGGGAGAUACCAUGAGAUAUGGUGGGAAAGGAUUUGGGGGCUGUAGGAAGCCUUCUCCUGGUACUCCUAAGUGCUCCUUAGUAUUCUUUAGAAAGUGAAGAGACACCUGCCUGCUCAAGUACAGUAAUUAGCUAACCCUGUACCGUUGUUUUUCAGACGCUGUUUUUAGGACCUUCUAGAGUCUGUCUGCGGCUAACAAACUCUGUAAUUACCCUGGUUUAAGCUCUUUGCUCCUCAAAGCUUGAAGGCAGCUUUGCUUCCAGGAAAAAAAGAGGAAGCAAAUGUAUAAACAAGCUUUUGCAAAACCAAAUGCUUGCCCAAGAUUGUGAGUUGCCAUGGGUUCAAGCACAUGCCAAAGAGGCAGCAGUGACCUGACGCCCUUCCAAGAAAAAGGGAUCUUCCAUUGGAAGGCAACUUAGACUCCACUGGCGAGACUCUUGUUGACCAGCAAACACCAAUUUCCUCUCUCAUUCUCACAGUUUAGGCAAUCCUCCUUUGGCAAAGGUAUGCCUUACCAUGCAUUCAGGGUUUGAUCUCUUUAAUCCUUGCAUUACAGAAGGUAAUCUCUAAUCAGCAAUUGUAGCAGCCCAGCUGAGGCAAGAAGCAGUGCUGGCCUGUACGUUGAUGACAGCCUGUUUCACUUGGGAAGCCCUUAGGAAGGGAGAGCUUCAACCUGCCUGUCACUUUGCUUUGUUGGAGCACUGGUUUGAAAUGAGGCAAGGAAAUACAACCACAAUUUACCUACUCUUCACACAGGAGUGGCUUGAAAUGAAUAUCAGUUCCUCUACUAAUCAACAAAUUCCAGAGCAGCUGCUUGCCCUCCCCCAGUUUCGCGGUCUGUACUCCCAGUAGCUACAUCCCGCUGUGCUCCUUUGCUCACAGAGGCACAGUCAUGCUCGGGAUUUGUCUUCUCAAGGAAGUCUCCAUCACCUGCCUGAAAGUCAGUUGGAUGCAUCUGGUGUAUAACUGGCUCAGAAGAAUUCAUCAUGAAAACGUGGUGAGGUAAUGCCACAGCUAAUGCAUUAGGCCAGCGAGCUGUGCCUAGCCAAAAGCCAAGCAGCUCUGGAGACAAAUCUUAAUCGUGGGUUUGUACCUUGGCCUGCCAGCACUCCUUGGCACCCUGACUUGGCAGUCAGUAACUGGCACAGGGAUCCAGGGAAGCUCGUUCCUAAAGGGGCACUGCUGGAAUUUGGCUCGCUUGCUACCCAUUGAGACAGAUUUCAAACUUUCUGCUUAAGAGGGCAGAGUGAUCUGGGGGAAAUAUCCCUCAUUUCCUGGACACAGAGGCUGCCGUGUGAGACUGAAUCCCAGGAAAAAGCAAAGUGUAAUAAAGGAGAAUUAGUUGAGAAAAUUGCACCUUGGGAUAGGAAGUUGUCCAUGUGGCUGGAACAGGCCCUUCAAAUGCUGCAGCAAAACUGCUCUGCUCGCUGACCAGGGCAUCAGGAUGAUCUGAAGCCUGUACAUUUGCUUUCCGUGUAUGUUUAAGCCUUGGUGCAGCUAGGAGAAGUCUUCCACAUAUAAUUCACACCCAAGUAUGUAUGGAAAUAUAUAAGAUUUUCACAAGCUCCUUCAUAUAUAUCAAAAAUGGUGCCUUAAAUGAUGAGACAGCUUCGGAAAGCAUGCAAAAUGCUGGCUUAGAAAUCCUGGAUUGAUAUGACUGUGGCAGUCUUAUUUCCAUCCAGCAUUGUGCAGCCUCUUGUGGUAUGUAGUACUCUUGUAUUCAUUGCAUUUCUAAAAGAGGAAAUACAGGAACAUGUAGCAAAAAAGAAGGGUGAGACUUCUGACUGCGGUUAAUUGCGACAAGUUGGUGACAGAGAGAUCAAGGAAAAUUCCACUUGCAGACAGACUUUUCUCUCAGUUCUGAACGCUAAUAGGGUUUUUCUGCUUUGUUUUCUUUUCUAUUUCAUCUUAUCUGCUGUGGCAAAACUGUCUUUCAUGAGAAUCUUUUGCACACAUUCCUAAAUGCUUUUAAGGGUAGAGCUGUCAGAUGUCUUUUCUUGAGAUGUAGUUCCUGGCACACAGUGACUGUGCAAAGCUGAGGGCUCUUCUCCCCGCAGUAAUUAUCUGUAUUGCUCCAAGUGACGCUGGUGGUGAAUGACAACUAUGGAUCAAAACAUAAGCAGCAACAGAACUGCAAAGAACACCUUGGCAAAGGCGCUUUACGACAACAAAGCGGAGUGCUCGGAUGAGCUGGCCUUCCGCAAAGGAGACAUCCUGACGGUUCUUGACCAAAAUGUCAUCGGCAGUGAGGGCUGGUGGAAAUGCUCCCUUCAUGGCAGGCAGGGCCUGGCUCCUGCCAACCGCCUCCAGCUCCUGCCCGGCGCUCAGGCCCUCCCGCUGCCUCCUUCCACCCACGGCGAUGUCCCAGAGCCACCAGCAGGCCAACAGAACAUCUACCAGGUCCCCUCAGUCCCCAAGCCUCCUGUGGCAUCCUCUACAUACGAGAAGAUGGAGGGGUGGGUGAAACCACCAGCUAGGGCCUGCACUCUGCCUGCCCAAGGGAUAUACCAGGUACCGGCCUUGGCUGCACAGCUGCUCAAUGAACGGACCCAAAGCUCAACGCGUCAGCACCUCUUUACUCUCCCAAGAGCAUCCCGGGCUUCAGUCCCGAACAUCAGAAGCGAGGUGUAUGAUGUUCCGUCCACGCAGCGCCGCGAGUCCCUGCUCACACGGAGCGCUGCCACUCCGCCCACAGCACGAAAGGGCUCUGUGCUGCUCAGAUCCACCGAGUGCUUCCAAGAAGAGCAGCAGCUUUACAACAUCCCAUCCGGCCCAGAAAAGACAGGAGCUGUUAGCCACAAAGACUCACCCGUGGGCAGUUUGUAUGAUGUCCCUCCCAAAAGAGAAACCAAUGCUUCAGGGAAGGGAUCUCAGAAAAAGAGCUGGGGCCACUACAAUACGUUGCCAAACCCUCGAAAGUCAGAAUGGAUUUAUGAUAUUCCAGUAUCACCUGAAAAAAUGGGAUUAGAACAGAGCCCUUCUGGCCCUUCCUUGGAGAACCAGGCGCUAUAUGAUAUACCCCCAGCCAGGUACAAGGCACUAACAACAAGCACUGAAGCCAAAGUUGUGAAUCCACAGUUAUACGAUAUUCCACCAACACAGCGGAAAGUAGUGUUUCCAGAUGUCCCUCUUUAUGAUAUUCCACCCCCAAGGGACAUGCUCCUUUUGCCACAAAAUGGUAGCUGUGAGGCACCCUCAAGUCACCUGGAUCCGAAGGCUGAGAACCAGACUUCUGGAGAGAACGUUUAUGAUAUUCCUAAAGGUUUGCCCAACACUUUGCAGUCCAAGAAAGAGAGGGAAAAACCCAACAGCAGUUCUGGAAACCAGGCAUACCGUGUUCCAGUCCAGAUCUCAAGAGACACCAAAUUAGAACACGACAGGUUAUCUGCUUCUAGUGCGGACAGCAGAAGCAGCACUGUCUCUACAUUCUCAAACCCUUCUGCUGAGUUUAUGUCGUCAUCAGAAGAGCCUGUCAAAGAAAUUAAGCUGGAUCUUGAUGUAGCCAUAGAGACACUGACGAGACUGCAGCAUGGUGUAUCCAGCUCAGUUGCUAGCUUAAUGAUUUUUGUGAGUAGUAAGUGGAGAUUACAGGAGCACCUGGAGAAACACAUUGAAGAAAUUCAUAGGGCAGUUGAUCACAUAAAAGUAUCACUUGGAGAAUUUUUGGCCUUUGCUCGAGCCAUAAAGGUAAAUGCGUCCUACAUCACUGAUAAUAACCUUCAGACCAGAAUUAAAAAACAGCUGGAAAUUCUUUUCAACUCAUUCAAAAUCUUAACAGAAACAAGAGAAGCUCUAAACAACUGCAACUGGUCACUGGAGGCUUUGGUCCUCAGGAAACCUCAGAACAACCCAGAUGAUCUUGAUCGCUUUGUUAUGGUAGCUCGCACAAUUCCAGAUGAUAUCAAGAGAUUUGUAUCCAUCAUCAUUGCCAAUGGAAAACUUCUCUUCAGAAAGAGUGAGAAGGAGCAAGAAAUGAAGCAAUCAAACGUCAGCCCAGAAUAUAAAAUGGCAAAACAAAUCCCAGUGCCAAGAAGAAUAGAAAUAGAAUCGCUUCAAAGAAAUACUCAUGACAAGCCGAACCAUAGUCAAGUCUCCCAAGAGAAAACAAAAGAAAAUGCUAUUGAGGACUGUGAAUAUGUUCAACUACAGGCACAGAAAAUCAUUUCAGGUAAAGAAGUGUCAAAGAAGAGUACAGAUUCAAAACCAAAGGUUUUGCUGUCUUCAAAACAGAAUGUAAUUCAAAGCAAGCAAGAGCCUGCAAAGAAAAUAGCUCUUCCAGAACACUGUAGGCUGUGUUUUGGUGCGCUUCACAAGGCAAUUGCUGUAUUUAAUAAUAGUCUGAGCAAUAACCAGCCACCUGAAGUCUUUAUAUCCCACAGCAAAUUGAUCAUCAUGGUGGGACAGAAGAUAGUGGAUUCUCUCUGCCAGGAAACUCAAGAAAGAGAUGCUCGGAAUGACAUUCUCCACAGCAGCAGCCGGUUUUGCAGCCUCUUGAAGAACCUGGCUCUUGCCACCAAAAAUGCUGCAAUACAAUAUCCAAAUGCAGAUGCAAUGAGGGAACUUCAGAAUCAAAAUGAUGAGCUGUAUAAAUAUACGCAGCAGUUUAGAGCAAUGAUGGAAUGAAAGAUGCUUUUUUUUUUUUUUUUUUUUUUUUUUAAGAACAGUGGUGAAAACUUGAAUCUCUUCAUUAUUAGAGUUCUCUUUGCUCCCUUUGUGUAGGAACCAAGGGGGGCGCAAGAAGCUCUGUGCUGCCGACUUUGUCUUCCCCAAGUAUUCCUGCCAGGUCAUUCUCUCUCGGGUACUGAUGCUCAUUUAGCAGGUGAAGACCCACACAGUGGCAGAGACAGAGAGGAUUUGUAGUAUUAAAUCUGUACUUUCUCCUCCGCUGUUCAGACACUGUCUAGAAGUGUUAUCAUCUUACUGUUGGGGCAGAAACGUUUGCUGUGUAUUCGAGCAAAUUUUAUUAUCUGAUUUUUAUUUUUUAUUUUUAUUUGUAUACAGAUAAAUAUAUUUUCCUACUUUUUUUUUUGUUUGUUUUUCUAUUUGGGUAUGUAAAGUCUGUCUUUAAAUUUAAACAUGCUGUUGUGUAAGUUGUGAUAUUGCUAUGUGUACCCAUCAUCGUUUCUAGAGCACUUGACUCAAAUCUUGUAAUUAGGGGUGGAAAAAAGUAUCUGAAGAAUUAGCUUUGCAGCUGUUUAAUGUACAAAUGUGUAUUACAUGAUGAAAUCUGCAUGGCAUAGAUAUUAAUCAGAACAUGUUCCAGCUCGUUAUCUGAGCACUGACAGAAAACUGGGGGUUCUGCCUUGCCGUGUACAGCCACGAGGAGCUGUUCCUGGUGCUCUGCCUCGGAACAAGUUGGUUUCAGUCAGUAAAUAUGGAGCAAGCUGGUUUCAGUCAGUAAAUACCGAGGGUUUGGACAAGCACCUCCAGCAUGCUGGCAAUGUUAUUUGAGUUGUGCUGUGGAAGCGCACCUCACACUUGGGCACUGAAUUUGUGUGCACCACCUCAGGGCCGUGCGGUGAUGUAGGCCCUGUAACUACCCCUGCGGACUGUUUCUGUGCCUGUCUCUCUUUUAUUUUUCCUGAUUAAUUUAUUGUAAAGUCCUAUCUGAAAUGUGAAAGCCGGGCCUUUCGGGUCUAUCUGCACGUUUGCCCUGACACGUGCACAAGCCCUCGGUGUUUGCAGCUGAUUCCUGCUGCCACGCGUGUCCGUGGGGCACAGCCAGCCCCUCACGGUACCACCUCUAUGCCUACACCUCUCCCCCACAGCGCCGCCAUUUUGCGGGGCUCUGCCCCC